AUGCCGCAGGCUGCACGAUGGGCGGGGACUCCCUUCAUCAAGGGAAAGUCAGAGUCGACGCGUAUGAUGCUGUUGACGUUCAGCUUGGUGGGAUUACAGUUUACUUGGGGUACUGAAAUGACCUAUUGCACGCCCUACCUUCUUCAACUCGGUUUGACAAAGUCGAAAACAUCGUUGGUGUGGAUUGCUGGGCCGCUCUCUGGAUUGAUUAUUCAACCUCUCAUUGGUGUCAUUGCGGAUCGGUCACGGUCGAAAUGGGGCCGACGGAGACCUUUUAUGGUAUUUGGGUCUUUUGUGGUGGCGUUUUGUCUCAUUGUGCUGGGAUGGACAGCAGAAAUUGUGGGGUUAUUUGUUACGGAUCCCGAAAAGGCUAAGAAUGUUACUAUCGCGCUAGCGGUUUCAAGUAUCUAUGCUGUGGAUUUCUCUAUCAACGUUGUACAAGCAUGUUGCCGCAGUCUUAUUGUGGAUACAUUACCGAUUCCAUUGCAACAAGCUGGAUCUGCCUGGGCGGGCCGGAUGUGUGCUAUUGGACAACUAAUUAGUUAUGUGAUCGGCUCAAUUAACACUGUCAGCAUUUUUGGAAGUCUCUUUGGAGAUACGCAGUUCAAGCAGAUGACCGUUAUAGCCGCAAUUUCGUUAAUCGCUGCUGUAGCGGUGACUUCAUAUUCGGUGAAAGAGCGUGUUCUGAUUUCCGCGAGGGAUUCUGAAGGGUCAGUUGGUGCAAUCCAAGUGAUCUCGCAGCUUUAUCAGACCACAAUGGAACUGCCACCGCGCAUCCAGGCCAUCUGUUGGGCCCAAUUCUGGGCUUGGAUCGGAUGGUUCCCUUUCCUCUUCUAUAGUACCACCUGGGUAGGCGAGACCUACUUCCGGUACGAAGUACCAAAAGAUGAAAUUACCAAGUCGACCGAUAUGCUUGGCGAAGUUGGUCGUGUGGGCAGUCUCUCACUCGUCGUCUUCUCAUCCAUCACCUUCAUCAGCUCUGUCCUACUCCCAUUCUGCGUACAGUCCCCGGACAGCAAACGCUCUCGCUUCACCCCCCGCCCCCCACCAGGCAUGGCCGCCGUACUUAAAACCUUCACCGCAGUCCGACCAGAUCUUCAAACUGCCUGGUUCAUUUCCCAGAUCAUGUUCGCCGUAACAAUGAUCUUCGCUCCACUAGCCCACUCCCGCGCCUUCGCCACCACUCUGGUCGCAGUAUGCGGUAUCCCCUGGGCAAUCAGCGCCUGGGCCCCUUUCGCAUUCAUGGGCGUUGAAAUCAACAAACUAACCAUGAAUGGUGCCAGCGCACCAGGCAUCGCAGCAUCGUCCACCCGCGCCGGCGUGACGAUGAUCACAUCAGCCAGUCUACGUGCCAACGCAGCAGAUACCGAGUUGGAAGUCCUUCGACUAAACCACCGAGAUACGGACAGUGACACUGACGAAGAAGAUCCUUCCUCUUUACACUCGAAUAUCCCGUCAACGGGCGAGUUAACGGGUAUCUACCUUGGUGUACUGAAUGUGUACACUACACUCCCCCAAUUCGUUGGCACAUUCAUCAGCUGGAUUGUCUUUACUAUCCUUGAGCCUAGCGCAACGGAGACUCCAAAGGAUGGCGAUGCGUCCGAUACUCAAUGGAUGAAUUUGGACAAAGACAAGCCUAAUGCGAUCUCUAUUUGUCUUUUUAUUGGGGCGUUGAGUGCGCUUGUUGCUGCUGAGGCAACGAGACGGUUACGAUACGUGUCAUAA